AUGGCUCAUGUGCUCUGCUGCAUUUCUCCACAGGAGGUCGGCCCAACCAUGGUGGGAGAUGAACAUUCGGAUCCCAGCCUGAUGAACUACCUGGGGGCCACCAAGAGAAGCAUGCUGGGUAAUCACUUCUGGGAGUACUAUGUGAAUGAUGCGCCCCGCAUAGUCCUGGACAAGCUGGAGAACCGUGGCUACCGUGUGGUCAGCAUGACAGGUGUGGGCCAGACCUUGGUGUGGUGCCUGCACAAGGAAUAGCAAGGAAGACUUCUGCAUUCCGCCCGGACAGACUGUGGUGCUGUGGAUCAUCUCUCACCGAACUGA